CUGAGCACGAGUUUAUUUUAAGUGUCCUUGCAUAUUGUGGAUGUAUUUCUCCAGAAAUAGUGUCAUAUACAUGCGUGGUCCAGAAUUGCAAGGGGAAUUAUGAAAGUGGGCUAAAAGUGCAGGUUUUUUGCUUUUCCAAAGACUGAAGAACUGACCAGGAAAUGGAUCAGAGCGAUAAAACGUGAAAAUUCCACGCCAACGAGAAAGCAGUUUAAGUCCUUUUACUUUAACCAUAGUACUACUUUAAAUUAGUCUACCUAAGUACUACAUCAAGGUUUUCUUCAAAAUAGCGUGAAAGUCAUGGCUAUGCUGUAAGGCAGAGCGGGGCAUUGUCCUUGACGAAGGAAAAGAACAGGUCGAUCUAAUUACGAAACCUGCUUCGGGUCCCUUCCAGACAGACGUCGGCAUAUAUAAAAGGCGACAGGUAAGGGUCAGGAAGGCAGUUGACACACUGAUUCCUCCGAUUCAACACCAGCCAUGAGGGUCUUUCUAUUCUCGAUUGCAGUUGCUCUUGCCACUGGACAAGAAUUCCAGCAAAGUCUGGAAUUCGGCAGUCCAGCUGUCAGGCUUGCUGGUCCAGGGUUUUUCCAGCAAGGAAGCUCCUUUAGUUCUGGAACCAGUUUUUCUAAUGGCAACAGAAACAACCAGUUCCAGAAUCAAAACUCAAAUAUUCAGUUCAACUCUCUUUCUAAUAACAGAAACUCAGAGUCACUGGUUGGAUUCCAGAAUGAUAACCAAUUCCAGUCAGGAGGAAUAUCUUUCCAGCAGAACCAGCAGAAUGGUUUCAAUUCUUUUGAUACCAACAACCGUGACACCUUCCAGACUCAAUCUCCUCAACAAAACCAACAAAACACUUUCUCCUCUACUGGUGCAUUCCAGCAAGGCAGUGGCAAUCAAUUCCAAUCUACAAGCAGUGUAAGUACGUCUCAAGUCAACGAUGGCUUCAGAUUGGGUUUGAAUGAAGGAAUUUCUCUCAGUCGGCCUCAGACUUUCACUGACAACCAACAAGACUCAAGAAGAAACCGCCUUACAGCAAUCAAUGUCCAGUUGACCCCCACAAUUCGCUUCCAGGACCAACAGAUAACUGGAACUUCCUUCCAGACAAACAGAAAUCAGCAGAACGGUGAAAAUAGGUUCCAGCAAACUGGCUUCACUGGAACAAGGUUCGUAAACAACAACAACAUCAACAACAACAACAACAACAUCCAGUUCAACACCAACAGCCAGGUGUCAUCCACAAGCCAAUCUCAGUCCAGCAACAGACAGCAGCUGAACGCGGUUUCCUCCCUCAGCCAGUUCACUGACGAGGUCAACGGCGUCUUCGAGCCUUUGAACCUGCCGUCGGGCGCCACCCUUUUGCUGGGCAGGAUCUCGUCCUCCUUCAGCUGCGCUGACAGACCUUAUGGUUACUACGCUGACCAAGAGAACUCGUGUCGUGUGUUCCACGUCUGCAACCCUGCUCUGUUCUCUGACGGCAAGAUCGAGACCUACCAGUACAGCUUCAUGUGUGGCGAAGGAACAGUCUUCGACCAGGACGAGUUGACCUGCAAAGUCGAGUAUGACGCAACACCUUGCCAGGAGGCCCAGAACUUCUACUUCAGAAACGAGCAAUUCGGUCGUUUAGAGGACAGGAAUUUCUAAAGGGCGUUGUAGGCUACAACGAGAGGACUGCGGAUCUGUUUACAUAACCAAAAGUCGAGUGACUUUUACAAGUUCAAAGAGAUGUAAUAGUCCAGUUGGUGUAAAUGGAUAUUGAUUAUAUAUCACUGUACAGUUAUGUGUAAUAAAUUACCAUGAUAA